UGGAGCCCUCCUGUCCGACGCCGGCGGCUCGCGGGCCGGACCGGGGCUGGGGCGGGGGUGGGGGCCGCGUCACCGGGCGGUCAGGGCCAAGGCCGCGCUCCCGGGCCGCCCGGAGAGUGGGCGCCACGCGCCCCUGCAGCCCCCGGUGCGCCCGCGCCCGGGCGGUGGGGCCGGACCCUCCCGAGCCGGAGUGCGCCCGGGCCUGGGAUCUUUCCCUCUGGUUCUGCCGGUGACCCCGCUGCCCGGGCCUAACCCCAAGUCGAGGGCGCGCGGGUUAGCGGCCCGCCAGCCGGGGAAAUGUGAUAAGAGCCGUGCCGUUCACAGAAGGCAGUUUCUGAUGCAACUCUCGGCCUCUGCGAUCUCCUCUCCCCACGCCUGCCUGGCGACGGCCCUCGAGCAUGUGCGUUAUGGAAAUGAGGCUUUGGAGUUGGGCACCAUGCUGAGCCCGAGGAGGGGGCUGCGGGGGGCAACGGCCCCGUGACCGUGACCGGCCGCCGCUUCUCACCUGGGUCCUCUCGGUCCAGCCAGGCGGCCACCAGCCACCCAGGGCCCCAGAAAACCCCCGACAGGUGCCGCGGCCCAGUCCACGCGACUUGAAGACGGCAGGAAGGAACCGAUGGCUUUAGCGGGCGGCCCAGAUUCCUUUCUGCACCAUCCAUACUACCAGGGCCAGGUGGAGCAGACAUCUCCUCGCCGUCCUGGAGAUCUGGCAGGACCCGGCUUCCCAGCGCCACCCGACCGGCUGGCGAAUCACCAAGAGGACGACGUGGACCUGGAGACGCUGGUGAACGACAUGGACGCGUCCCUGGAGAGCCUGUGCGCGGCCGCGGAGACGGCGCCCCUCCUGCACAAUGGCCAGCAUGCCCGCGGCCGGCCCCCCGGAGCAAGGCCCCUGCAGGGGCAGGUGGCCCCGCGGCAGAGGCUGCAACGGUCCCAGCCCAUGCACAUCCUCGCCGUCAGGCGCCUGCAGCAGGAGGACCAGCAGUUGAGGACGUCGUCUCUGCCGGCCAUCCCCAACCCCUUCCCCGAGCUCUGCGGCCCCGGGAGCCCCCCUGCGCUCACGCCGGGCUCCUUACCUCCUGGCCCGGCUGCUGCAAAGCAGGAUGUUAAAGUCUUUAGCGAAGACGGGACGAGCAAAGUGGUGGAGAUUCUGGCGGACACGACAGCCAGGGACCUGUGCCAGUUGCUGGUUUACAGAAGUCACUGUGUGGACGACAACAGCUGGACACUGGUGGAGCACCACCCGCACCUGGGAUUAGAAAGGUGCUUGGAAGACCAUGAACUGGUGGUCCAGGUGGAGAGCACCAUGGCAAGUGAAAGUAAAUUUUUAUUCAGGAAGAAUUAUGCAAAAUACGAGUUUUUCAAAAAUCCCACGAACUUCUUCCCAGAACAGAUGGUUACCUGGUGUCAGCAGUCAAACGGCAGUCAGACCCAGCUUUUGCAGAACUUUUUAAACUCCAGUAGUUGUCCUGAGAUUCAAGGGUUUUUGCACGUGAAGGAGCUGGGAAGGAAGUCGUGGAAGAAGCUGUACGUGUGUUUGCGGCGAUCCGGCCUCUAUUGCUCCACAAAGGGAGCUUCAAAGGAGCCCAGACACUUGCAGCUGCUGGCCGACCUGGAGGACAGCCGCAUCUUCUCCCUGAUGGCCGGCAGGAAGCAGUACGGUGCCCCCACGGACUACGGCUUCUGCAUAAAGCCAAACAGAGUCAGGAACGAGGCCAAGGAGCUGCGGUUGCUCUGUGCCGAGGACGAGCAGAGCCGGACGUGCUGGAUGACGGCCUUCAGGCUCCUCAAGUGGGUCGGACGUGCUGUGUCCCCGCGUGGAGGAGGUACAUCGGAGACCUGGGGGCCUGAAGCUGAAGGGUCAAGCUCUGCCCUCCCACCGUCUCCAACUCUGGCCUGGAAGCAGUAUGGAAUGCUCCUUUACCAGAACUACAGAAUCCCUCAGCAGAGGAAGGCCGUGCUGUCUCCCUUCUCAACUCCAGUGCGCAGUGUCUCUGAGAACUCCCUUGUGGCCAUGGAUUUUUCUGGGCAAACGGGAAGAGUGAUCGAGAACCCGGCUGAGGCUCAGAGUGCGGCCCUGGAAGAAGGCCACGCCUGGAGGAAGCGAAGCACGCGGAUGAAUAUCCUCGGGAGCCAAAGCCCCCUCCACCCUUCCACCCUAAGUACAGUGAUUCACAGGACGCAGCACUGGUUUCACGGCAGGAUCUCCAGGGAGGAGUCGCACCGGAUCAUUAAGCAGCAGGGGCUCGUGGACGGGCUUUUUCUCCUCCGUGACAGCCAGAGUAAUCCAAAGGCAUUUGUCCUCACAUUGUGUCAUCAUCAGAAAAUUAAAAAUUUCCAGAUCUUACCUUGCGAGGAUGACGGGCAGACCUUCUUCAGCCUUGACGACGGGAACACCAAAUUCUCUGACCUGAUCCAGCUUGUUGACUUUUACCAGCUGAACAAAGGGGUCCUGCCUUGCAGACUGAAGCACCACUGCAUCCGCGUAGCCUUAUGACCUCCGGUCUACCCUGGCUGCAGGCUGGAGGACGCUGACACUGGAGUGAAGAGGUCUGUGCGUCGUUCUGAACACACGUCUGUCUGCACCUUGGGGCUCGGAGCAAGAUGGGUGCGUUCGGCGCUGACCGACCACGAUCGACUGGUUUCUUGGACUUGACGAUGAUUUGCUGCUGCAGAUCCAGCAGGGCCGUGCCCCUCUCGCUGGCCUCACCGGGGAGGUCGGAAGACAGCAGACUCGAGAAUAAACUGGAAUGAUGGUCUUGGCUGGGCCACGGAGGAACACAAGCUGGAGAGAAGUGAUUGGAAAUGAACUCUCGCCCUGGAAUAAUCUUGACAAUUAAAACUGAUAUGUUUACUUUUUUGUAUUGAUCCCUUUUUUGCACUCCUUGUUUUCAAUAUUGUAUUCAGCUUAUGGCAAGAGGGGCCGUGGCUUUUCAGUCUGUGCAAGAUGCAAAGACGGUUGCGAAGGGGCAGCCCCCAGAGGCUGACUGUUUGCAGAGGGUGGUGCCCACCUUCUGCAGGUCACUCCCAGGCAACUGGCACCCCAGCCCUCCCCAGUUUCCUUGGAAGCUUUUUUGAUAUAAAAGGUGUUCCUGUGGUAGGCACGUGGCAUGUUCUGUGGCCAGGCAGGCGGCGUGGUCUGCCAGCCCCUGCUCUGAGCACGUGCCCGCACUCAUGCUGUCACCCGACUCCACGGGCUGUGCCUUCCACACUGCGGGUGGCUUGUUCCUUGGAAAACACCACGCAGGGCUGAGCGGCUGCCCGUAGUUGGCCGCAGGCCCGCCUGCCUGAGACACAGUGGGUACCCACCGCCCACCCGUGGUGGACAGCAGGCCGCCUGGCCCAGCUGCAGCCCUUCCAGCCUGUUCUAGGACCAUCACUGCCUUACCCCCUCUGCAGUGGUGCCGGCCUGGCAGGGCCGCUCUCCCUCCUCCACUGGAUCAGAGGACCUAAGAGGAAGUGGCACCUGCUUGGUCUGCUUCCGUGUCCAGUGGGUUUCCAUGGCGACAGAGAUGGAGACAUUGGAGAGGGCAGCCCCGCAGCCCAGCAGGGGAAGGUCUUGCUUGGUGGCCUCCGUCCUGCCGACGGCCCCGAGCCAGCCCGUGCAAGGUGGUGAGUGGCUCGUCGGCUGGCCCAGGUCAGGAAUCCCUCACAGCAGUAUUGGCUGAGGACAGGUUACCAAGACAACUCUGCAUCCCACUCCAGGAGCGGAGUCAGACGGUGGCUUGCGUUGUCCCCCCUCCACCCCGUCCCCUUAGCCGAGUCUUCCGAUGUGAGGGUAGCCUUGUCUCUGCAGAGCAGGAAAGGCUCCGCUGACAGGCAGGCAGACUACUUGGUGAAGGACGGUUUCUUUUCCCCAGAUCACGGUUGCCACGCUUCCCUGGCCCCUCUGGCCUGCUGGCCACUGGAUCCCCCGGACCCCGCCCGCUGCAGCACUUCCCAAGGGACACACAUGGCUUAGGACACAGUGACACAUACCCGCUGUACCUCAGUCUGUGGUAUAGACACUGUGUGUUAGUUGACUAGCCGUACUCUACUUGUUUUCCAUGAAGCGUCUACUUAGACAAAUGAAGCAUUUUUAGUAAAACAUGUUUUUAACCAUGAAUGCUCAAUUGCAUUGUUUUUUUUGGUUUUUCGCUUUUUUUUUUUUUGGUUUUUCUGUAGCCUGUUAAUCUUUCCAACCGUUGACAAUUAGGUCAUUCUCCAAGUCAUACCUGGCAGCCUGCUUCCACUGGAGGGACUGAUGCUCCAGUUACACCGUUAGACAUUUUCCUCUUCACCGGUUGGAGGUAAAACCUUUAAAAAACAAAAAUCAAGCACAAAAAAAAAAAAAAAACACCUCUCCAAUUUCUUUUUUCUGUUUACAUAGACCAGUCUCCAGCAGUGAGAUGACUCACUCCCCCCUCCAAUAGACAGCUAGUAUCGGCAGUAUUGCAUAUUUAUAAAUAUACAUUUUAUUUAAAAGCAGAACUAAAGCUUGACUCUGACGCACAGUUCUGUGUGUACUUCCUGGCCGCAGUGAACUGUCACGGAGAGUGACCCUCCCAGGGCCCCAGCCACCUCCCUUGUACCGGGCAGCUGGGGAUCCACCUGCAAACAGGCAGCCCCUGCAAGAAGCAGGCGUCCAGCCGGGCCAGCCAGGGGCUGAAGGACAUUCGACUUUUAUUUUUGUAUUUAAAUGACAUGAAUGUAAACGCGACAGCUCAGGGUCGUUUUGGAGCCUGUUGACUUUUUAUCUCUGCCUGUGAUUUUCUGUUCUAAAUGGAAACUCCGUGUAGCAACCUGGUCUGAAUUGAGAAGGAAAAUGCCAAAUGCUCUGGGGAUUCGCGCUAAGUAGGAGAGCUCUGUGACCUUAUGCGUUAGAGUUCCAGAAUGUUCUUCUGUCUGCUAAACCUUGAAGAAGUAUGUGCCUCCGUCUAGAUGUUUUGUCUUCUCUUUUCUGCACUUAAUACCUGAGGGUUUGACCCAUUGGCACACCUUGGAGGGAGUGGGGCUGGCUCGCCGGGGGCCGUGAUGUCGCAGUGCCACCUGCUGUGACCGUAGGAUGGCCUGAUGUGUAGGCGUUUUCGGGGAUUGCGGAAGGGAUUAACCGAAGAGACAAAACCUUUAUUCCAUGUGCUUUGUUCCUUUCUGUACAUAGCUCUUCGGCUCAUGAACCUAAUUGUAAACGUUCAGGUAUUUUUGUACAAAUAAGGGACUGAUGUUCUGUUUCUUGUCAUUAGAAAUAAACAUUAAUACAGUGUUCUUCA